AUGUUUUAUGAAAGCAGCGGUCGUCUAAUAGAGGAUGCUCUCUUAAACGACAGACUCCUUUAUGAAUAUUCGCCGGCAGAGAGUCUCGUGAACUUCGAACUUCCAUCGCCAUCCAUAAACCCGGAAGCCCUAGACUGGCAGCUCAGUGACUUAGAUUUACAAUGUGAUACAUUUGUGAGUGAUAUUAACGACAUAAGCAAAGACGACUUCAACUUAUCUGAUUGUUCACCUGGAUUCGAUUUCACCGAUUUGGACAACAGUAUCAUAGACGAAUAUUUGUUAGAAGCGUUAAGCAGCGACUUAUCAAAUGACACUCCGCAUUCGAGCUCAGAGUCCACCGACUCGAGCGACCCGUCAUACGUCCUAGAGACUCAUGAUUACGUCGCCUCUUCAGAUAUACGCUGGGAUCGGAAAGAACGUUUGGCGGAGGACAUAGAGAAGGCUAAUUUAAAAGUGCGCUCGUGGGGGGAGCCGAAGUUCCUACCAGAAUUGGGAGCGUUCCGUUGCCCGGUGGAGGACUGUGGCAAACUGUACGCGAAGGCGUCGCACGUUAGAGCACAUUUACGACGGCAUAGUGGAGAGAAACCUUAUCGUUGUACAUGGGGAGAAUGCUCCUGGCGAUUUGCGAGAUCUGAUGAACUAGCCCGGCAUAGACGUAGCCAUUCCGGCGACAAACCAUACGCGUGCCGGGAAUGCGGCAAACGUUUCGCGCGCUCGGAUCAUCUUGCCAAGCACGGCCGCGUGCACGCACGCAGGGCUGCGGCUGCACGUCGCGCUGCUACCGCUGCUCCUGUUGUAAUCCACGCCCAUCGAACGAAGCGACUUUUGUGAUCAGAAUAGAUCUUUUUAGUACCUAAUUUAUAUUUCUACACGUGAGACUGUUUUGUGACUUAAAUGUAAAUAGCAUGAACGUUUUAACUAAUAUAUUGUAUAGAUAAGUGCACUGUAAACAUAAAAAUUAUGAUCUUAGUGAGGUUCGAAUGAAACCUUAUAGUAGGUACCUACUUAAAUUUAAGCAUGCCAUGAACACAUGUGCGUUAGCUUUAUGUGAACCAUUAAAAUGAUUUUACCUAAAUAUAUUAUUGUAUCAAUCACAGAACACAGUUAUCUACGUCAAUUUCUCUGUAUAUAAUAAAAGUAAUAUAACGCAUUUUUUAUCUUCAUAAACAGGAUUUGUACUGUCAUGGAGGUUAAAGUAAUAUUAUACAUAAUCCGUUCGUUACCUAUGAGACUAGAAAAUGGUGCCAAUUCUGUUUUAUCACUUUCUAAACUAAAAAUUAACUUAUUUUAAUUUGGGUUUAUUUUAAGUUAAAUCUGUAGUCAUAUGUAAUCAAAGAAGUAAUACCUACUCGUGCAUACUGUAAUACCUUUUAUAUAUUAUUUUCGUUAACUUGGUUAAUUACAGAAUUAAAAAUAUUAUUUGACAGGAUUAAAAUCUAACAAUAAUUAAAAAUAACCAAUAAUUAACAUUAUGUAAAUAAAUAAAGAAGAUAUAUUUUUACCGACUUAGGUAGUAAUAUAGUAUAAUUAUAAUUUAGUAUAAUAAGAUCGAGCAACUUCUCGUUUCAUAUUAUUCAAUUAAAUUUGUUUUUCCCGAUAUUUCGCACGCAUGAAGUAUACGCAUGUAGUAACAUUAAAUUCUGAGUGGUAAGUGUAAGUUUUACGCUAACGAGUUCACUAGUGAGCGCGUUAAGAAUUUGUAUGGAGAUUUAUACUUCUUGGUAGUUACCGCUAGUGGCGCUGUACCGGAUUCUAUACUAAAAUCUUAACGCGCUCACGAUCGACAGUGAACGUAAACAUCAAAAAAACUUACACUAAGCAUUCUGUAACUAAGGCGUUUAGUUUCCAUAUAGUGACAAGAAAGAUAUAUGAUAGUAACCAUUGUUUUCAUCAGAGCGAUUUAAUUCUAUAACAUUAAAGAAUAUUUCAGUUCCAUAAUUAAGCUCUUAGAUCAUUUGUAGGACUGUACUAAAGUCUUUAAAGUGUAAAAUAGUUAUAGUGCUAUUACAAUAGAUUAUAUUAAUGAAUCUUUUAUCAAUUUAUUUUGCACUAAUAAUGCGUCAAAAUUACUUUUAUAGUGCUAGUGACAACUUUUACGUAAUAUUUUUGUUUUUACCU